GAGGCAGUGGUGAGAGCCCGGCGGAGAGCUGCGGAACUGAAAUGAAGCUCACACGCGGAACGGCUCACACUGUGCAGCGUCGUGCGGCUCAGGAAGAGGCUCCGACCGCGUCGCCAAACCUGAAGGCUGCGCCUGCUGAAUGAAGGACUCCGUCCAUGCGGAGACUAGCGCUCAUUCUGUUACCCUGUGCUGUCGCCGUGCUGGUGCACUUGUGGUUGGCACAACGACCCUGCUCUACCCCGCUGGACAACAACACACACUCGGAUGAAGCAUUACCUUUCUAUGAAGUUUUGGUGGGAGUGUUGUCAGCAAGACACCAUUAUGAACUGCGACAAGCGAUAAGGGAGACCUGGCUGGGCUACCUUCGAGAUCACCCCCUCUUCCAAGAAAGAGUUGGGGUGAAGUUUAUCGUUGGCCAACAUGGGUGUCCCAUCCCAGAGGAGGACAGAGAGGAUCCGUAUUCCUGCUCUCUCCUGAACUUCACUGAGCCAGUGACAAGGCAGGAUGCAGAAAUAGAGAUUGUGACCGUGUCUGACCCCUCAGUGCUCAUUGCCUCCGACGUAUUGGCCGUUGCCCUUGAUUUCAAGGUCCUCCACCCUGUGGUGAUCACCAGGUUGGGGGUCUUCCCAAGCGGGAUUCAGCCUGAGCUCCAGAGUAACGUAACGGUGAAGCUUCUCCAACUGGACCAGGAGGAGGCUGUGGUUACCGCUCGUUUCAGUGCCAUCAGCACAGGGACCAUGGUAAACGGGGUGUGGUACAAACCAGUGGAGCAGUUCAUCUUGCCUAAGGGUUUUGAGGGGACGCUGGUUUGGGAGAGUCUAGACGCUGCUGGAUUGACCACAGUCAACUCCACCUCUGUGCAGCUCAAUGGUGGAGGAGGCGUCAUCGAGUUCUCCUCCAUUGCAGAGGGCUUAUUGCCUCAUAGAAGUGCUCUUGGAUUUCCCGGUUUGGCUGGAGGGUUCACAUUUACUAUCUACGAUGGAGAUGGCCUGUUGGGGCUCCUGCAGGGCCGCCCGGCCAGGAUGAAGCACCAUACCUCCAGGCUGAGGCAGGAGGACGAGGCCUUGCAGCAGGAGAGCCUGAGGCACGGCGACAUGGUGUUCGUAGACGUGGUAGAUACCUACAGGAAUGUGCCUUCCAAACUGCUUCAGUUCUAUAAAUGGUCUGUGGGAAACGCUGACUUUAAUCUUCUGCUGAAGACGGACGAUGAUUGUUACAUCGAUGUGGACUCAGUAUUAAUGAAGAUUGACCAUAAGGGUCUCAAGCGCAGCAAUUUCUGGUGGGGGAAUUUCAGGCAGAGCUGGGCAGUGGAUCGCAUUGGGAAGUGGCAGGAGCUGGAGUACCCCAGUCCAGCCUACCCGGCGUUCGCCUGUGGCUCAGGCUACGUGGUCUCACGUGACCUGGUGCAGUGGCUCGCCAGUAAUGCGGAGAAGCUCAAGGCCUACCAGGGAGAAGAUGUGAGCAUGGGGAUAUGGAUGGCAGCUGUUGGACCACAGAAAUAUCAGGACCCCGGCUGGCUGUGUGAGAAAGAGGGUUACCUGGACAUGCUGUCGUCCCCCCAGCACACAGCCGAGGAGCUGCACAUCCUCUGGGACAGAAAGAGGGCCUGUGGAGACCCCUGCGGUUGUCCCUGGGGCCACUAAUGACCUGGAUCACACCACACUCACUACGUGACACUCUGGGUAACGUGCACUCAACACUGGUUGUCCGUUCUAAUUGUGGGAUUUCUUUAAAACCCUAAAGAGUUUUAUCAGAUACUAUGAUAGAUUUUUUGUUGGAAAACAUUCCUAAGAUUUUAUUGCAGAUUCUUAAUUUUAACAAAACACUGUACCAACAUGAUAAAACAUUUGCAGCUUCAGAGUAGCAGUAGCAUAUUUCUCUAGUGGAAGAGACAAUGUGGAAAAAGACUGGACUAAAAUAUGCUGUGGUACUGUGAUAACUGACAGGUAAGGACCCACAUGCUGUCAUCAUGUACAGAAUCACUGCUGUAAGUUACUUUGUAAUAAUAUUAUCGGUAUUCAAAUACUUGACAGACUUAGACCUUUUGAUUUAAAAGGGAUAUCCGGUGGUGUUUUAAAGAUGACUGCUUUUCAUUGUUAUAGUUUAUAAAUUAUUGUCUGAAGCUUUUCAUCAUCUUCGCUGUUUGUUUCACGACAAGUGUUCUCACAAACAGACAGUUUGUACUGUAACUGUCAUUGUGCAAAUAGUGAUGUGGCCUUACUGUGUUUGUUAGGCAUUAUACUGUGUGUACACUUGUGAAAUCAACACAGACUGAAACCUUGGGAACUCAACAAUGCAGUCAGAUUGACUGCAACAGAGGUUUAACACUGGUUCUAUGAAACCCUCCUACAGGUAAUAAAGAACACGCCAGAGAUGAAUAACUUCCUUGUUGUUUAUUUUGGGGAUGGUGCACACGGUAAAUCCGUGUUGGAUCUUUGUUGAGUGUGAAGCUUUGUUCUUGCUGUUGCUGCUCAGAGAAACAGAGCAAACACUCUUUGCUCAGGCUGUUUAUAGAAAUCAGGUAUUUCAUCUUAAAAAGGAAUGUGAAAACACUGUUUUCUUGAGACACUGAGCUGGACGCUGCUGGAAUGAUGAACAGGGAAACCUCUGGAGUGGCUUCAUGUUAAUCAAUAGGGCUGGACACAUCCAGCCAUCAGCUAGUACACAAAGACUUUUAAAAUGUAGCAAACAUGGUAAAUGAGCCUUCUCUGAGCAUAUGCUUUUAGUUGCUGCAGUGGUGUUUGUUGUUUGAGUAUAGCCAUGUGAUUGAUGUUGAGUCACUAGGAUUAGAUUGCCUUGCUGCCUAUUUUUGAAAAUAAUGAAAUACAAUGCUGAAUAUUUUACUAAUGUAGGAUGAUUCAAGUCAUUUGUUUUAUUUAGGCCUGUCCUAGCUGCCAAGAAACCUAUUCCUGCAAUUAACCUGAGAUCUGAGCACACAUUCCUCUUCCUAUGAAGCCCUCCUCCUCUACAUCUUAUCCUUUCACCUCCUCUUUUUCAGUGAGCUGCAUGCUAACAAAGUCAUAUCCGCAUCUGUUCCACUCUUUUGCAUAGAUAAGGACAGCAUUUUUCACCCCAUCAGCCUUUCUCACUGAUUUGGCUUGAAGCCCUUCAUUGUUAACCGAGAGAGGCGUGGAAAUAACAUGCAGGCAAAAAAAGGGCUCAUUUCUCAUUUCUGCUCUAGUGCUUCUUUAGAGGAUGAAGUUUAUUGAAUUUGUCUAAACUUUGAUUAGCACUGUAGGGAUAUUGUCACUCGCUGAUAUCAAAGGUUUAAGUUAUUAGCAUUUUAUUUCCAGAGAUGUGCUCUAAAUCUUCUGCCUUCUUUUAUUCAAGCCAUGUUCUCUCAUACAUAGUAUUCCAACCAGGCGACAACUUGAGACAAAUUGCACCAUGUUUACCUACAAACUGCAGUUUUGUAUUACAUUAUGAGCCUUCUUAAACUUCUCCCUCUUAAUAAUUUAACUGCUCACUCUUUUUACUGUCAAACGUCCCCUUAGUCCUGCCAGUAUACACUUUAUAAAAUAACAUAAUUCACUGUGCGGACACACCUGUUUUGCUGAGAUCUGCUUCAUGUUUGGAGGGGAAAAAAGACCUAUGUACUGGCAAGAGUUAGCUGGUGUGAAAUGAUGUUGUGUCAAGGGGAGCACUACUCAGAAAUUCCUUUGUUCUCAGUGAUCAAUAUCUGCAAACAUGAAGUCGCUCGCAAAGCUAAAGAAGCAGAACAGGGCAUGAAGAAAAUAUCCCAGCUCAUCUUACUGACCCAGAAUAUCUGAUUCAUUCAAAUGUUUGAUAUAAAUAGACCCCACGCGGUUUGAAUCAUCUAUGCCCUUAAGCGUCGGUAAUCUUUUCUAAGCAACGACAAGAGUACAAUUCCCUGAACCACUGACUUAUUUUCACUCUAUUAAUAUUUUGCCAUGAAUGUGCAAUCAUCCAUUCAGCCUGUGACAACCAACAGAGGGAACUUGGACGCUCAAGUUAAUUGUAUAUAUGAAACCCUUUUCAUCCUGUCUCUCACCUCUUCCCAAAACUCAUCAUCUUCUUCUGCUGUUUCUGAUUGAACACAAGAAUGUGUUGACAUUACAAUUUUGAUGUCGGGUUCUGGCAGACACUUAAUUUUACUUGUGUUGAAGUAUUUUUGCUACCCAGUCAGAUGAGAUUAAGUAGCCUACCCCUUAAUUGA